CACGCCCGCGUCACUGCAUCGUGACGCCGCUUCUCCUCCUCCUUCUCCUUCCACGGAACGAUCCAGAACUUUCCAUCAACUUUCGAUGAAUCCCCAGAAGAUCAGGCAGGAGACCGAUCGGCAGGUGCCUCCGGCGUCUGCGGCAGCGGAGGCGGUGGCUGCGGCGAUCGCUCAGGCAGCUAUCCAGCCCUGCUCCCCUCGAUUUUUCUUCUCCUCCGCGGCCGCAGCCAACCCCUCCGUCGGAUCCUACCGUCGGAUCGCGAUUCCCGUCGAUCUUAGCGACGAGAGCGCCUACGCCGUGAAGUGGGCCGUCCAGAACUACCUUCGUCCCGGGGAUGCCGUUAUCCUCCUCCACGUAUGCACCACCUCCGUGUUAUAUGGCGCCGACUGGGGCGCCAUCGACGUUUCUGUUGUCGCCGAUGCUGCCGCCGCCCGAGGGGAUGGCGCCGGGUCCGAGGAGUCGAAGCGUAGGUUGGAGGAGAACUUGGAGGCCUUUACGAUCGCGAAAGCCCAGGAGAUCGCCAAGCCACUCGUGGAGGCGCAGAUCCCGUACAAGAUCCACAUUGUGAAGGAUCACGACAUGAAGGAGAGGCUUUGCUUGGAGGUGGAAAGGCUUGGGCUUAGUGCGGUGAUCAUGGGCAGCAGGGGCUUCGGAGCUGCGCGAAGGUCUGACAAGGGAGGGCUUGGAAGCUUCAGCGACUAUUGCGUUCACCAUUGCAUAUGCCCUGUAGUGGUGGUGCGUUAUCCUGAUGAAGAAGCUGGCGUCUCCACUGCCAUCGACAAUGAAGCUCCUCCGGAGAUCGCAGCGAAGUUUCUGAAAUUGAAUCAAUCGGCUGAAGAGGAUAAAUUAUCUGAUUCACCUUCUAAGCACAAAGAGUGGCGAGAAUAGAGAGAGGAGGCUACUUGAUCCAAGAUGAAGAUGGAGGUGGCCGGUGGAUUAAAUGCAGUGCUAUUCUUCUUAUGUUUCUCAUCUUUCUAUUUACAAGACCUGAUUAUCUAAACUUGUUUCUUUCAAUGUUUUUUGGUUUGGAAAAUUUUCAGUAGUUUCUUUGCAAAGGAAAAAAAUAUUGAAAUGCGAACUACCCUUCAAUGUUCUUGGCAUCUCUUAGACAUACCAAAUAAAUUGAGAUAAUCUGUUUAUUUGCCCAUUA